UGCACGCUUGGGCACGGCCUUUAAUAUCGCGGUGUUAUGAUCUGGAGUCGGAUGCAGAAUUAGUCAAGUAAUGAACUUUUAGGUGCUACUUGAGCCCCAUGCAUCCCCAAAUGAAAAUGAAAUUGAUAUCUUAUGUUGUGCAAAGUUUUAGAGUAGCUAAAAUUUUUACCGAAAAUUCAGAUCGUAUUAGUAGCAUUGAUUUUUCGUCUGAUGGUAAUACUUUGAUUUCGAGCAGUGAUGACGAUUCCAUUGUGAUUUAUGAUUGUGAAAAAGGAGUUCAUAAAAGAACUCUUCACAGCAAAAAAUAUGGUGCAGAUCUUGUUCGUUUCACUCAUGCCGAGAACUCGGCUGUUCAUAGUUCCACAAAAAUUGAUGAUACCAUCAGAUAUUUAUCACUUCAUGAUAAUAAAUACAUAAGGUAUUUCACUGGACACACAAAGAAAGUUGUGUCUCUUUCAAUGUCCCCUAUAGACGAUUCACUAAUCUCAGGUUCUUUAGACAAAUCAGUGAGACUUUGGGAUCUUCGUUCCCCAAACUGUCAGGGGUUAAUAGCCCAGUCUGGUAAACCAAUUGCUAGUUUUGACCCUGAAGGUUUAAUUUUUGCUGUUGCUAAUAAUUCCGAGGAUAUUAAACUGUAUGACUUGAGAUCAUUUGAUAAGGGUCCGUUUAACACAUUUGUACCACCUAAAGAAGAUGUUGCUGAAUGGAUGAGUUUGAAAUUCAGUCCUAACGGGAAAAUGCUUUUAAUCUCUACUAAUGGACAGGCUGUUCACAUUUUGGAUGCUUAUCAUGGGAAGAACUUAGCAACAUUUACUAGCCGUGCUAACAGUAAAGGAAUUCCUUUAGAAGCUUCAUUCAGUCCAGAUUCACAGUUUGUGUUUUCUGGUUCAACUGAUGGUACUAUUCAUGUUUGGAAUGCUGAAACUGGUUUAAAAACAACCAUUCUACAAGGUGGUCACAGCAGUCCGAUGCAUUGUGUUCAGUUUAAUCCUAAGUAUAUGAUGUUAGUUUCUGCAUCAACUCAAAUGGCAUUUUGGUUGCCGGCUUUACCUGAUGAUGAACUGUGAUACUUCUUUUGAAGUUCUGAGUGAAAAGAUAUGAAUUCAUUUGUCACACAAACUUUACUCUGUGAUAAAAAUCUUAAAAUCAUAUGAAAUAUUUAGUCAUAUAUUGUAUGUUAUCAAAGUUGUGGGCUUAGAGGCCUUUUGAUUUCCCCCCCUCAUUUUGUGCCCUUGUGAAUUUAUACUUUUUAUUGUACCAAACUGUAUAUUGAAGUAUUUUACAACAAAAGAACUACCAAAGGAUUUUCUUUUCCUCAUUUUUUUUUCUUCAAAUUUAUACAAUUGUCAUUACUAUCUACAAUCAAGUCAUUGACAUUCAUUGUGUAUGUGACGUCAAAAUCUCAACUUGAUAGUGCCUACAAAUUAUGAGCUAUUAUUGAAUUCUUCGCUUAUGGUGCUGUUACAUGUGGUAUCUAAACAGCUGUUCCUUUUGUAAAUUCGCACAACAUUUCUUUACAUGGUCCAUGAAUAUCACGGGUAAGGCAGCUUAGCUAAACGCCAAUAAGUUUAGAUUGAACGUAAGUUGUGUGGUCUGUCAUCGAUUCUAAAAAAUAUAUACAGGGUGAUUCAAAAAAGAAUAGUGAGGUUUCAUAAGGCUACCAAUUUGGGAUUAUUGGACCUCUGGGUGGAGCUUGAAAGGUGGAGUUGGUAAAGUUUCAAUUGGCUACCACUAAAUGUCGUUGCGUUUUAUCGUAUGUAUCCCACUUGUUAUUUAUAAAGGGAUCAGGGGAAAAAAGUAUUUUCUUUCAAACAAAAAAUUUUUUUACAAGUUUUAUUUUUAAUAAAAGAUGCAAUUACUAUGGUUAACAGCAGAUUUUUGCCGUACAUUCAGGAAAUUCCCAAUCCUGGUUUGAUAGAAAUCGGGUCCUUUUGGACAAAAAUGUCUGAAGAUGGCUUUUUGAAUGCCAGCCAAAUUUCUAAUUUUUUUGUCACCUAGUCACUGGCGAGCUAAUUUAUUCCAGCAAUUGUCAAUAAAAAAAGUGGUUUUGAAACAAGGUUAGGCAAGACCCCACUGCUCAUAACUAAACCAAAGGGUGAAAAUAAUUCAUUUGGAUGGGUUGCCUUGCCCACCGUUCUCUCCCUACAUCGCACCAUCUGAUUUCUCUUUAUUUCUUUGAUUAUGUGAUAAAAAAAAAACCCUUGGCUAAUAUCCAAAAUGCCACCUACAGACAUUUUGGUCCAAAACAACUUGAUUUUUAUCGAUAUGGGAUUGAAAAUUUCUUUGCUAUCUGGCAAAAAGUUGUUGCAAAUGCGGGUAAUUACAUCAUUGAUUAGAAAUAAAAAUUUGUUAAAAAUGUAUUUGUUUGUACAAAACGACAUUACUUCCCAGUCUCGGUAAUAUUAUUGAAUUAGUCAAAAUGGCGGUCCAGCAAAGGAUAAUUUACCACUUUAUAGUUGGUCCCCUAGGUCACCAGACCUACCACCAUGUGGUUUUUGACUGUGGAGAAAUGUAAAGGAUAUUGCGUUUAUACCCCCCCCCCCCUACCUGCUAUAUUCGACAAGCUGAAAAAUUAAAUCACUGCAGCAAUUGCUUCUGUGAUGGCGUUUAUGCUACAACCUGUAUAGCAGGAAUUUGUAAGAAAAUUUGUAAAAAAAAAUUUGCUUAUUUGUUAAUUUUAUUGUUAGAAAUAUACAAGUUUGAAACCUCACCAUUCUUUUUUAAUCACCCUGUACAUUGUAAGAGUGUUUCUAAAUGUUCCCUCUCCUCGUCUAAUGUGUUCUUUUAAAUUCACAUGAUUAUUAUACAAAAAAAAACUAGCUCAUAUAAGCUGUUUAAGGAAAAUAUUGUGUAAUAUGCUUCCAUUUUAUAAUAGAAAUGUUCUUACUUAAAUACCUGUUGUAUAAAUAAUUAUUCAGUCUCUCUUACAUUUUAUAAAUUUACAUUAGUAACACCACCUUCAAAUGAUAUUGGGCUAUUCCAUGGAAGAGCCGCAUUUUGUCCUACAUGUGAGAGAUACUAUGUUUUAUUAAAAAGUAGUAAUUUUAAAAUGUAACAAGCAAUUUUUUUUGCUUAAGGAAUCACACAAAUGUUUGUGAUGAUGACCUUAUGCAUCAAAAUGCUAAAUUAAUUUUUCAGUUAUUUUUAAUGAAAAAUAUUAACUUGCGGGACACACCGUUUUCCCGUGGAAUAAGUCUACAUAGGUUUCUAGAUUUAAAGAGAAAAAUAGUUUUUUUUUUUCAUUCUACUUAUGCUGUUUGUGGUACAGAACUUAAUUAAUUCUUCAUUAAUUAAAUUGUUCAUUCGUGCAUGUCCAGGAUGUAGAUGUAUGCAGAUUUCCUUUCUCAUCAAAUGACUAUAUACAAUUAGUGAAAUUCCAGAUAGUUCAAUGUUGGUGUAUGGAGAAUCUAGAAGUUUUACUACCAGGGGGGAGAUUUUUUGAAGAAAAAUUUGCUCAUAUAUUAAAUACUUCUCUGGAAAUUAAUUUUCAAGCUAAUUAGUUUGAGGAAAAAUAUUUAUUUCCAAAAUUUUCACUGUUCUUGUUUAAUUUUAUUUAAAAAUGGUGCAGAAUUUCCAAAUGAGGUUAAAUGCCUUUAUCAGUCCUUGUUACUGCAAACUAAAUACUUUAAACAAAGUUUUGAAAAUUUUAGCAGGAUGUUACCAAAUAUCUAUUUAACAUACAUAUUGGGUAAUCAUUCAUUACCAAACAUACUUGGUAAUUCAUAAAUGAAUAACUUAAGAGAAAUGAUCAAUAUAUCAUGUUGAUUUGCUAAACAUUUCUUAAGAAUGAAACUGUACCCCCAUGUUUCAUAUGUAAAAAUAAAAAAAAAUCAUUUUAAUUUCGUAAGCAUUUUAAAGAGAAUUAUUGACUUUAAGUAUUUAAUAUAUAUCUGUUAACCCGUUCGGGACGGCAGCUGUUACACGCGGACUGAACAAUGAAUAAAAUAACAAUGAAUAAAAUGUACACUUCUCGUAGAAACAAAACCAUUUUUUAAUAUAUGAUAAAAUACGUAUGUUAUAAUUUCAAUCAUAACCAAAAAAUUAAAUGAACAAUAAAAAAAAAACAAAA